AUGUCUUUGGCUUCAAUCUGUUGUUUUAAAACUUGUUUUGAAGGCACUGGUUUUACUAUUAAAGGAACUUCCACGAGAGAAAUAACACCAAUAAUAUUGGAUAAUAGGCAUAUGGGGCAUGAUGUUGUGAUUCUAAAGAAUGGAUUCAGAAUAUGUGGCAAUGGAGGAGCAAUCUGUACUGCACCUCUAGUGCAAAGUAAAUCGUACUUUGAAGUGAAGAUUCAACAAGGAGGUAAGUGGAGUAUAGGGCUUGCUACUCGUAAGACUGACUUCAAUUCAUCAGGUGGAAAGGAUUCUGAAUCUUGGGUUCUAACUAGUGGUGGUACUCUACAACAUAAUGGAACCAUUGUCCAUUCCAAUCUCGACAUUCCCACUGAAGGAAACAUUGUAGGUGUCUCAUAUGAUCACAUAGAUCUUAAUUUUUAUGUAAAUGGUAAAGCUCUGGAGAAACCUUUAACAGCAAUAAAAGGAACUGUCUAUCCAGCACUUUUUGUUGAUGAUGGAGCAGUUUUGGAUCUUAUCAUAGACAAUUUUCAAGGAACUAUGCCCAGUGGCUUUGAAAGAAUUUUGAUUGAACAGUCUCUUCUGUAA